AUGUUGAAUUACAAAUUUGUUGUGCACAACACAUGUGUUUGCAACAAAUUUGUCAACAUGCCCUCAAUAUUACACUCUUUGUCUGAUAUCUGGUCAUCUAGUCAGUCUGAAGAAAGGACAUCAUUCCAAUCACACACUUCGUUAUUCACUAAUGACGAGAUUCACGAUCUUUCAUUGAAUGACGACUUCAGAUCGUUUCAAAGUAUCAUCGAGGAAGAUGUGAGAAUAAAAUGUGAUGUAAUAUUUCCGCUUUUAGGAGGCUUAUGGCGACUCAUUGAAUCAUUGGGAUGUUUCCAUAGAUUUGGAAUCGGAAAAAGAUUUGAACAGGUAGUAAACGCCCUGAAAAUGUUUAAUUUUCAUUUUCAGUCACCCAGCUCUCAAUUUACCGGAUCUAACGGGCAAGACACCGUUAAGGCCUCGUGCUGGAACUCUUGGCACGAAGAUUGACCUCAAAUCGAAUCAUUUUCCGGUCAAAUUACCUUCAUCUGAGGUCUACAAGUACUCGGCGACAUUCUUAAUUCGAGGAUUGCCGAAGCACAUCAAAAGGUAAGCGAGUCUGAUUUGGUGCCUUAUUUUUAGAACUGUGUUCAACAAAAUCGUUGAAAACAAUCCUUCGUUUUUCUCCAAAUAUCAGACGGUUUUUGAUGGAAUUGAGUCAAUUUAUACCAAAACUCUGUUGGAUUUGGAUAUCGAAGAAUCAAGGACAUUAUCAACUGGAGUUUUCACUCUUUUUAAUCGAACGGAAAUCUUUGAAGUCAACGUAAAAUUUGAAGAAAGGUUGUCUUUGAAGACUCUACUUUCGGCAUUCAAGGGGAGGUGCUCAAUGAUCAGAACUGCGAUCCCAAAGAAUAUUCAGACGGUUGUUGACGAAAUAAUCAGAGCGAAAGCAACCUUGGAUUUCACAAGUGUUGGUGCCAUGUUUUUCGAAAAGAAAGCAGAGAUUAAUGCCUUAUUAGGAUGCGGGAGAGAACUUUGGUACGGAUUCUUCCAAUUGGCGGUACCAAUAGAAAGAUGUUUUUCCGUCAACAUUGACUGUAGGUAAAAGAGAUUGACGUAAUAUUUUUAUAUAGUGUCUGCAACAACCUUUCAUUGCGCUCAGCCUGUUAUUCAAUUGCUCGCAGAGAUCCUGGAGGUGUCAGUGAGAGCGCUGAUUGAAGAAAGAAAGCCAUUGUCAGAGUUCCAUCGAUGCAAAUUUGCUAAGGAAAUCAAAGGAUUAAAGGUAGCAACUAACGAGGCUUGCAAUAUUAUUCGAUUAGGUCGAAGUAAGCCAUCUUGGGAAUAUUCGUCGUCGUUAUCGCGUCCUCAAUGUCACCAAGAGAUCGGCAAGUAAUGUAAAAUUUCCCUUGGAUAUCGCUGAAGAUGAAACUAUGGAAAUCACGGUGGCUGAAUACUUUCAUAACAAAUAUCAGAAGCUGAAUGCCCCUCAUUUACCAUGCUUACAAGUUGGAAAUGAGAAUAAACACGUCUAUCUUCCGCUUGAAGUAUGUGACGUAAUGAAAGGUCAGCGAUCUUCGAAGAGGUUAAAUGAUAAUCAAACUUCACGGAUGAUUAAAGCGACGUCUAUGACGGCGGUGGAAAGAGAAAGGAAGAUCGAGCAAUUGGGUAUGAUGGGUUUAUAUCGUAAUUAAUGGCUUUUUAGUUGCCAAAUCUGACAGAAACAAUGAAUUUACCGAUGAAUUUGGUGUCAACGUAUCUUCCGAGAUGGUUCAAUUUGAAGGCCGGGUUCUCUCUCCACCGCAGCUUCUUUAUCGAACUCCAUUGAAUGUCUCAAUCACGGAGUAUCGCCAUUCUCUUCCAUAUAAGGGAGUUUGGGAUAUGAGAGGAAAGAACUUUGUGCAAGGAGUCUGUGUAUCCAGUUGGGCGAUGGUCAUCUUCGUGGGAAAUAAUCUCUGUAGAGAAGAGUGUGUACAAGAGUUCAUCCGCUCGUUCCACACUUUGGCGAAUACAUCCGGGAUGUAUGUAAAUCCCCGGCCGGUUUUCUGCAAAUACGCUUCUGGGGUUGAACAAGUUGAACAGAUAUUCCAAUAUUUGAAGAGAAGAUAUCCAAGUAAGUUGUUAUUGUAAUAUUCGUAUUAUUUCAGAUCUUCAAUUGCUCUGUGCGAUUCUCCCCGGAAAAAGUCCAAUUUACGCGGAGUUGAAGCGUGUCGGAGAUACGGUCUUCGGCAUUCCCACCCAAUGCGUCAAACUGCCAAAUGUCCUCAAGAUCUCCGCCCAAACCAUAUCAAAUAUUUGCCUUAAAGUGAAUUCGAAACUUGGAGGAAUAAAUUCGAUUGUUGCGCCUAGCCUGAGACCCUCACUUUUCAAUGAACCAGUAGUUUUUAUGGGAGCCAGAGUGAUUCAUUCCGGACAUGAUGACUUUAAGAAAAGGCCGUCGAUUGCCGCUGUUGUUGGAUCCAUCGACGGGCAUCCUUGCAAAUACGCAGCGACUGUGAGGACACAACAGCGAGAAGAAUUCAUCGUCGAUAUGGCUCACAUGGUUUGGGUUUGUCUAUUGAUUAUGCAAUUUGUAGGUUCGAGAACUUCUGGUUAGCUUCUACAAGAACACCGGGUUCAAACCAGUGAGAAUUGUUAUGUUUCGAGAUGGAAUAUCACAAUCCCAGACACUCAACGUCCUGAGGCAAGAGAUAAUUGCUCUCAGGAAGGCUUUGUUAAUGCUGGAAAAGGACUACAAUCCUGGAAUCACGUACAUCUCGGUGGAAAGGACGCAUCAUACCAGAUUGUUCGCUGUAAAUCCGAAUGAUCGAAUUGGAAGAGCUUCAAAUGUACCCCCGGGCACAGUCGUGGAUACGACCAUCACGCAGCAGGAUGAGUAUGACUUCUAUUUAUGUUCUCAUGCUGGCAUUCAAGUAAGAACAAAAACGUUUUAUAGCUGCAUUUUGUCAGGUUCGACAUAAUAAGCUGCGUAUGCUGUGAGCAUUGGCGACGCGAGCUUUAAGUAAUAAAAGUUGAAUCAAUUGGUCCAAUAUUUGGGGGAAUUCCCCUACCAGUCUCCCAGCGGGUCCCCCUCUUUCUGGAGAGCCCGAAAAGGCGCCACCCGAAAGAGGGAGGCCCGAAAACUCCUGACCACCAGCCACUAAUCUUCCUUUAGGGCACUUCCAGACCGGCUCAUUACCAUGUUCUCUGGGAUGACAACAAAAUUUCUUGCAAUGAUCUUCAAACAUUAAUCUAUCAUUUGUGCCAUACCUAUGCCCGUUGCACCAGAAGCAUCUCUAUCCCGGCUCCUGCAUACUACGCUCACCUUGUGGCCUCCAGAGCUAGAUUGCAUCUGCAACCAAACGAGGGGUUGGUUUAGUCAUAGCAACUAAACUCUUUUAGAUGCGAAGAGCAGAAUACAUCGGGAGAAGAUGAGAACGAGAAUAUAAAUAAGAGCGUGACAGUUCAUGAAGAUUUGGCUAAUACAAUGUACUUCACUUAG